GAUCGAGAGCUCUACGCUCGUCCAUUGAGCGUGCCUGGGAGAGGAAAUCGGAAGUGCGGGCCGAAUGCGAUUGCUUUUCCCUGGCCGCUUCCGGGAGCUAUGGCGGUCAACGCGACCACGAACCCGUCCCAGCUGCUGCCGCUCGAACUGGUUGACAAAUGUAUAGGCUCGAGGAUUCACAUCGUGAUGAAGAGCGACAAAGAAAUUGUGGGCACACUGCUGGGAUUUGAUGACUUUGUCAACAUGGUGUUGGAAGAUGUCACUGAGUUUGAGAUCACACCUGAAGGAAGGAGGAUCACCAAGCUCGAUCAGAUCUUGCUAAAUGGAAAUAACAUAACAAUGCUGGUUCCGGGAGGAGAAGGACCUGAAGUGUGAAGUUGGAAGGGAUUUCUUGGUCACCCACAGGAUCUUUUUGGUUUAUGGUCCAUCAAAGGGAGGGGUGCUUGGUUUUGUUGUGUCAUGUUUUUUUUUUUCUUUUUACUUUUAAUGUUGACAUUUGAUACAAUUCAAUUUCCUGUUAAAGGGAAACUUUUUGAGGAUGGAUUGUAAAUUAUAUUUUUUGUAUUUUAGAAUCAUGAAUUUCUUGUAAAAGAAGAAAUCAGUUUGAUGUUCAAAGCCUAAAAUAAAAUCUUUUUUUCAUUA